AUGGAGGGAAGUGACCUAGUGGUAAAAUGUAGUACACAUGGGCGCAAGGAAGAUAAAGUGACAUAUGUUUACUUGUGCAUUAAUGGAAUUGCAGUGGAUAAGAAGAAAACUAGACAAGAAGACACCCUUUUCACCAUGGAAAGUGUUACUGGCCAACAGACUGGCAUUUAUAGCUGUGUGUUCUCUAAAACCCUGUAUCUACUAUCUGAAGUGCAGGGAAAAGGAGACAAUUCACUUUCCAUCCAGGUGAUGGGUAAGGAUCUUUUUACUGUCUGGAUAGGUCAUUGCUGUUAAACAUUAUAUGACAUACUCUGAGUGUACAAAACAUUAGGAGCACCUUCCUAUUAUUGAGUUGCACCCCCUUUUGCCCUCAGAAUAGCCUCAAUUCGUUGGGGCAUGCACUCUACAAUGUGUCGAAAGCAUUCCACAGGGAUGCUGGCCCGUGUUGACUCCAAUGCUUCCCACUGUUGUGUCAAGUUGGCUGGAUGUCCUUUGGGUGGUGGACCAUUCUUGCUACACACGGGAAACUGUUGAGUGUGAAAAACUCAGCUGUGUUGCAGUUAUUGACACACUCAAACAGGUGCGCCUGGCACCUACUACCAUACCCCUUUCAAAGGCACUUAAAUAUGAAUAAUAAUAAUGUUAGAUAAUAUGAUGCUGCAUAAAAAUGUACUAUUAUGAUGUCAAUUAAAAAUAGGCAUGUUUUUUCAUUCUUACAUUUGCAAUACUGGGUAAAUGGAAAUAAAUAAAUAAAAGAUUUUUAGCAUUUUGAAUAAAAAACGGUUGCUUUAAUAAGAGAAUAAGAUAUUUAAUCUUCUAAUCUCCCAAACAGGUGAUACAACGAAUCAACAUUUGGGUGAGAAAUACUUAGAUAAUGAAGUUAAUAAAAUUAUGAUAAUAAUUAUGCUUUAAAUUAUACACAAUUAUGUUUUAAUUUUUAUUCUGACAUUUCUGAUACUGGGUAAAUAGUCAUGACUGAACUAAUAUGCCACGCCUUGAGUGAAAAUAAUUGUCUAAAUUCAUUGUUUUAAUGGUUUUAACAUCUUCUAAUCUUCAAAACAGGUGACGAGAUUGAGACACACCAUGACAUGGGUGAGAAAUGCUUAGAUAUUAUGAAGCUCCAUAGAAAUGCAAUGAUUAUACUGUGAGAUUUACAAUAAUGGGUAAAUGGUGAUAUAACAGAUUUCAGGGUCUUAGGUGAUUUUUUAAAAUAAAUAACUUGUUUUAAUUAAAUAUAUUUAACUUACAUCUUCUUACCUACAAAACAGAGGAUGCCACGUACCAAGAAAUUCAGGUGAGCUGGGAGUUCUAAAUGAGCUUUGACUAAUGAUAACUAAUGAUUAUGAUGACUCUUAGUUAUAGAGGCUUACAGGUCUACACUUUUCCACACCUAUUUUAAUUUUAUAUUUCAGGGUGAAACACCGAAUAUUUAACACGUUAUAGUACGCAUUCGAGGUGAGUUCAAUAUUUUGAAAUAGUAAUAAUAGAUACUCUCCACCGUAAAGUUAGGUGUACUUUUUGGAUUUCCAUGCAUAUCAGGCAGAACGAGUAUCUAUCUAACCAUGGAAAAUAUCUUGUCUCAUUUUCUCUGUCAAUGGUGUAAUUUCUGAUGGUAAGACACGUAAGUAGCAGUUUGCACAGGAAACCAUAGAUGCAUUCAGUCACAUUCUUUUUUUGGGGGACUUCACAUAAAGUGAACCAAGAUAACAGUGAUCUGGGUAUAUUUAAUCUGUGCAGAGAAUACAGACUUGAGACCUUCUCCUCAGAGCUGUGGUGUAUCAUGUGGUGUAUACUCUCUAAUUUAGCAUUGCUUCUGUGAUAAACCUAUUUAAUCAUUGUCUUAAUGUCAUUGUCUCACCUCAUCUCGGAUCCUACACUAUCCUGAAAACGGAGAAAUGUCUAAUAUAAGAAUGAACACACAGCUGUGAUGAAGGAUUUGUUGGAUCAGAUAUAAUAUGUUGGGGUCUUUUCAUCCACAGAUGCAGCAAAUCAAGGCCCAGAUACUGAAGUUGUGUACGCCAAAUCAUGCAAGAAGACAGGACGUCAUCAAUACAUGUCUUAAUCAUUAUUAGAUCUGCAUUAUUUCAAAGCAGUACUGCAUGUGUACUACAGUAUCUAUACAUAUGUAUUUGAUGUAUUGUGUAUUCAAUGUGUGUCUUGCGUUGGACUACUCCCUUCAUGGUCAAGAUGUUUUGUGACCUGACAUUUGCGCUGCAUUGUGUUAUAUCUUCAGUGGAAGUCAUUUUAAAGUUGUUUGGAGUAAUAUUAAAGUACCACAUUAAGCAUUAUUGCUGGAUAUGCUAUUGCAUUCUCCCUCUCAUAUUAAAUAUUUUAAAAUGUUCUCAACUGUGAAUGUGAUAUAUGUCUUUAUUGGAACUGAAAACAAAUGCAAUCGUCUUAUAGGCACAGUUUCAGUUGGCACAUCAAUUUAGAAUAUCACCCUUGAAAACAAGUAAGACUGGGCUCACUUGGUCUAACCAAUAAUGUGAGUCUGUCACCCAUUCUACAGCCCCCACUAAAACAUCAAGGAUAUAUUGUAGUUUAAAAUAAGCCAGACUUAAAUAUGUGAAUUUUACACAGUUUUUUACUUUUAUGCAACUAGAUAGCCAGGUGAUAAAUAAUACAUAUAUUAACAUAUUGAUUUAUAUUUGCAUAUCCACUGGUGUACCACAUAGACAGACAUAGUCCAACCACAACUUACUGACAACUAUAUCAGGAAAUUAGACUGACACUGCAAGGCUAGUCAUUCAUUACACUGUAUCAGACACAUUUCAAUGUUGAGGAUGUGUACACCAUAAACAAUGAAGAUGAGGUCAGAGGACUGAUGGGUUUCUUCAAAAUGAGCUGCAUAGGAAUAGGUGAAACUGAUGAAACUUCGCAUGAAGGUUAUAGACCUUGAAGGUCCUAUACAGUUUCUCAUAAUUCACAUAGCUACAGUACAUGGUUAUGGACACAGUAUGUUAUGUGUGAAAAGAUCACACAAUGAGUCCUAUCUUAUUCAUAAUAUGUGAGUAUUUCCACAGUAUUGAUCAAAGUAAAGCAUACAUUUGGUCUAAUUUUAUUUUCAGUAUUCAACCUGGUUGUACAAACGUAUCUCAAUUUGUUUCUAAAUGCAGCUUUACUGGUUGGCAGAGACAGGUAAGCUUAAAUAAUUUAAAUCUAAAACACAAAUAGUAAAAUGUGUCAUUUUAUUACAGUAUAGCUAAUGUCUGACAAGAUUAAUUAUAAACACUGGAACUUCUUUUAAUCACAAAUUAUAUUUUUCACUCUUCAAUGAUGAAGCUAAUAUCUACUCAGCAAAGCUCUUUGGAGCUAGUACCGACAUAAUAAUAAUAAUAAUAAUAUGCCAUUUAGCAGACGCUUUUAUCCAAAGCGACUUACAGUCAUGACAUGAGAGAAGGAAAGACUGUUGAUGUGAACUGCAGCACUACAGGCACCAGAAAAACAUUGAGCAAGGUCUAUGUUUACCUUUGCAAGAAUGGAAGUGGAAUGAGAGUAAGAGAGCUGGAGAAAGGUGAAGAUAACACAAUUUUCACCAUCAAGGAUGUUAAACGAGAGUACUCAGGCAUCUACAGCUGUGUUUACACCAUAGAAAAAGUCAAACUCAGUCAAGUGAUCUCAACAUGUGUCAAUCUAGUCAUCAUUCAGGUCUACAAGAAUGGAGAAGGUAUAACCUACUUGCAAACAUUUGUGUUGUAUAUGGAUGGAUAAUCCAUUGUUAAUAUUGACUAUAUGGCAAUAUUAACAUACUGUGUAAAUACAUACUGUACAUGUCUAUAUAUUCUGUAUUUCAGAAUAGGUACAUCAAGAGGUCCAUGAAGAGGCUGCACACGAUGUGAAACUGGUCAAUGUAAUCCGACUGAUAAAUUCAGUUGUUGUGGUCAUAUUUCUUCUGACUGUAAUAUAUGUUAGUCACUGCUGUCCAAACAUAUAAUGACCUGUUUCCUGGAUGACAUAUAGUACAGUAGUGAUGCACUGACAGAAUAACGAUCCUAUUUUCUUGAUAAUUCUUACAUGUAAUCUACAGUAGCCCUAAAUCUCCCUGUGCUCUUCACUCAUUACACAAUUUUAAUUUAACUUAAAAGACUGUUCAUUGAACCUACCAGACUAGGUUGUUGUCGAUAUCAAUCAGGCCUCUGGUUUUGUGGGUGGGGUGGUGGGUAAAAUGUCCAAUAAACUGUACAUAAUGUAAUUUAAUUUGUUAAAUGACUGUAUGGUGGCAGGCAAGUAAUAAAGAUUGUAUCUUUAAUCAGAAAUCUUACUGCUGUCUGUGUUUUGAGGAUCUUUGAGAUCCUGGUGUGUCUGGGAGAAAAAAGCCUCUUGUGACUGACAUGAGGUAAAAGGAAUGGCAAAUAAAUCUGGCUGCACAACCCAUUGGCAAACGUAUUGCAAAUUGAGAAAUCAUGUGACUAGACUGAAUAAAAAGAAGAAGAAACUACACUAUGAAACAAAGAUAAAUGACAUAAAGAAUGAUAUUUAAAAGCUUUGGAGCACCUUCAAUGAACUUUUUGGGAAAAAGGCAAACUCAGCUCCAUCAUUGAAUCAGAUGACUCAUUCAUCACAAAACCGACUGAUAUUGCCAACUACUUUCAUGAUUUUUUCAAUGGCAAGAUUUGCAAACUUAGGCAUGACAGCAAUAAACGCUGACACAACACAUCCAAGUAUAUCUGACCAAAUUAUGAAAGACAAGCGUUGUAAUUUUGAAUUCCGUAAAAAUGAGUGUGGAAGAGGUAAAAAAAUUAUUGUUGUCUAUCAACAAUGACAAGCCACCAGGGACUGACAACUUGGCUGGAAAAUUACUGAGGAUAAUAGCGGGCGAUAUUGCCAGUUCUAUUUGCCACAUUUUCAAUUUUAAGCCUACUAGAAAGUCUGUGCCCCCAGGCCUUGAGGGAAGCAAAAGUAAUUCCUCUACCUAAGAAUAGAAAAAUCACCCUUUACUGGCUCAAAUAGCCAACCAAUCAGCCUGUUACCAACCCUUAGUAAACUUUUGGAAAAAAUUGUGUUUGACCAGAUACAACGCUAUUUUACAGUAAACAAAUUGACAACAAACUUUCAGCCACUUAUAGGGAAGGACAUUCAACAAGCACAGCCCUUACACAAAUGACUGAUGAUUGGGUGAGAGAAAUGAAUGAUAAAAAGAUUGUGGGGGCUGUUUUGUUAGACUUCAGUGCGGCCUUUGACAUUAUCGAUCAUUGUCUGCUGCUGGAAAAACAAAUUUGUUAUGGCUUUACACCCCCUGCUAUAUUGUGGAUAAAGAGUUACCUGUCUAACAGAACACAGAGGGUGUUCUUUAAUGGAAGCCUCUCCAACAUAAUCCAGGUAGAAUCAGGAAUUCCACAGGGCAGCUGUCUAGGCCCUGUGGUAUCUGAACAAAUUAUGACUUUGCUAAUGGUUGCAAAUGGUCUUAGAGGAUGUUGACUUAGCUUAAGAGAGCAUCUGGAGAGUAGUUCUAUAGGGGCACCCUAAAGCAGAGGAAGUCUGUUAGGUGGAGUCCUGGGAUUGGUCUAUAGGGGAAAACACCCAUAUCAGGUUACAUUGGAUAUAUACUAUGGUUUGGGACAAAGGACGGGGAGAAUAACAUAUUAGAGAUUGGAGCCGGUUAUUCUCCAGAUAUCGGCAGAUGUCUGUAAAUUCACGCUGGAAUCAUUUGAUUUAAUAAACCUUUAUAAUCAAAGUACAGUGUCAGCGGAUUUCCUUGUUCUCACAGCAUAAUUAGCAUCGUUUUCUCGACACUACAUAAUGGCGACGAGGUAUUUGGGUCGUGUUGCGUCUUUUCUCAGCGUUCCAUUCAUUGGCGCCGAGCUGACUCUCGCUCCAGAGUCCGGCAGAUAAGGGUGAGUUUUCUCACCACUUGGGCACUGGUGUAACACUCUGGCUCCACGGACCUUUAUUCUUGAGCCAGGGUUGUUCAUGUUCAUUUGUUUUGGGUGUAUUUCUAUGUUGGGGUGUCUAGGUUGUGGUAUUUCUAUGUUGGGUGUUUGUAUUCAUUGACUCCCAAUCGGAGGUAACGAGUGUCAGCUGUUCGGCUCGUUAUCUCUGAUUGGGAGCCAUAUUUAGGCUGUAUGUUGUCCUGUGGGGUUUGUGGGUUUUUGUUUCCUUGUUGCUGUCGUUAUCAGUAGUGGAACUUCACGUAUCGUUCUUUGUUGUUUUCUCGUGUUGCACUUUAAGUCAAUAAAGUCAUCAUGUUUCUCGGAACACGCGCUGCGCUUUGGUCUCAUCAUUCACACGAUCGUGACAGAAAAACCCACCAAAAAAGGACCAAGCAGCGCGUCCAGGAGUUAUGGACGCCUCCUAAAGAUUUUUGGACAUGGGAGGAGAUCCGGGCUGGAAAGGGUCCUUGGGCACAACCGGAGGAGUAUCACCGCCCUCGGGAAGAGCUGGAGGCAGCCAAAGCCGAGAGGAGGUGGUACGAGGAGGCAGCGCGAAGGCGAGGCUGGAAGCCCGUGGAAGAGAGGCAACCCCAAAAAGUUUUUGGGGGGGGGGCACAUGGCUUGGGUGGCUGGGCAGCAGGAAGCUGCCACAGGGAGUAUAGGUGAGAGGGCUAACGGAGUACGGGAGCCAUUGGCGAGAAGAGGCAGGGAUGUGUGUGUGGCACGGCGUGAAGGACUGAGGUGUGUUGCCAGUCCGGUCCGGCCCGUUCCUGAUCCUCGGUUGAGGCCAGUGGUGUGUGUUCCCGGUAUGGACCGGCCUGUUCCUACUCCACGCACCAGGGAUACGGUGCGCUUCGCCAGCUCGGCCCGGCCUGUUCCGGCCACUCGCACCAGGGAUACGGUGUGCGUCGCCAGCUCAGCCCUGCCUGUUCCUACUCCACGCACCAGGGAGACGGUGCGCUUCGCCAGCCCAGCCCGGCCUGUUCCUACUCCACGCACCAGGGAUACGGUGCGCUUCGCCAGCCCGGCCCGGCCUGUUCCGGCCACUCGCACCAGGGAUACGGUGCGCGUCGCCAGCCCAGCCCGGCCUGUUCCUGCUCUCCGCACUAGGCGUGAGGUGAGUCCCCAGGGUCCAGCAUGCCCUGUUCCGGCUCCCCGCACUAGGCGUUAUGGGAGUCCCCAGGGUCCAGCAUGCCCUGUUCCGACUCCCCGCACUAGCCCUGAGAUGCGUGUCCUCAGCCCGGUACCUCCAGUUCCGGCACCACGCAUCAGGCCUACGGUGCGUCCCCAGGGCCAAGCAUGCCCUGUUGCUUCUCCCCGCACUAGCCCUGUGAUGCGUGUCCUCAGCCCGGUACCUCCGGUUCCGGCACCACGCAACAGGCCUACGGUGCGCCUCAGAGGGCCUGAACUGUCCGUCUGCCCAACGGGGCCUGAACUGUCCGUCUGCCCAACGGGGCCUGAACUGCCCGUCUGCCCAACGCCGUCUGAACUGCCCGUCUGCCCAACGCCGUCUGAACUGCCCGUCUGCCCAACGGCGCCUGAACUGCCUGUCGGCCCAACGCCGUCUGAACUGUCCGUCUGCCCAACGCCGUCUGAACUACCCGUCUGUACAGAGCCUACAAAGCCGCCCGUCUGCCAUGAGCCUUCAGCGCCGUCCGCCAGAUCGGAGCCGCUAGAGCUCUCCGCCAGACAGGAUCAGCCAGAGCCUUCCGCCAGACAGGAUCAGCCAGAGCCUUCCGCCAGACAGGAUCAGCCAGAGCCUUCCGCCAGACAGGAUCAGCCAGAGCCUUCCGCCAGACAGGAGCAGCCAGAGCCUUCCGUCAGACCGGAUCAGCCAGAGCCUUCCGUCAGACCGGAUCAGCCAGAGCCUUCCGUCAGACCGGAGCAGCCAGAGCCUUCCGUCAGACCGGAUCAGCCAGAGCCUUCCGCCAGACCGGAUCAGCCAGAGCCUUCCGCCAGACAGGAUCAGCCAGAGCCUUCGGCCAGACAGGAUCAGCCAGAUCCGUCGGCCAGCCAUGAGCAGCCAGAUCCGUCGGCCAGCCAUGAGCAGCCAGAUCCUUCAGCCAGCCAUGAGCCGUUCAGCCAGGAUCCGCCUGAGCCAGCCAGCCAGGAUCCGCCAUUCAGUCCGGAGCUGCCCCUCAGUCCGGUGCUGCCACUUAGUCAGGUACUGUUCCUUAGCCUGGUGCUGGUCCUUAUCCCGGUGCUGGUCCUUAGCCCGGUGCUGCCCCUUAGCCCGGUGCUGCCCCUUAGCCCGGUGCUGCCCCUUAUCCCGGUGCUGGUCCGUAGUCCGGUGUUGCCCCUUAGUCCGGUGCCGCCCCUUAACCCAGUGGGGUGUAGUGGGGGGGUGGUAAUGUGUAGGAGGCUAAGUAAGUGGGUAAUGACUAUGGUGGGGUGGGGACCACGACCUGGGCCAGAGCCGCCACCUGGACAGACGCCCACCCAGACCCUCCCCUAGACUGUUUGCUGGUGCGCCCGGAGGUCGCACCUUUAGGGGGGGGUAAUGUAACACUCUGGCUCCACGGACCUUUAUUCUUGAGCCAGGGUUGUUCAUGUUCAUUUGUUUUGGGUGUAUUUCUAUGUUGGGGUGUCUAGGUUGUGGUAUUUCUAUGUUGGGUGUUUGUAUUCAUUGACUCCCAAUCGGAGGUAACGAGUGUCAGCUGUUCGGCUCGUUAUCUCUGAUUGGGAGCCAUAUUUAGGCUGUAUGUUGUCCUGUGGGGUUUGUGGGUUUUUGUUUCCUUGUUGCUGUCGUUAUCAGUAGUGGAACUUCACGUAUCGUUCUUUGUUGUUUUCUCGUGUUGCACUUUAAGUCAAUAAAGUCAUCAUGUUUCUCGGAACACGCGCUGCGCUUUGGUCUCAUCAUUCACACGAUCGUGACAACUGGUCAGUUCGUGUGUCUGUGUGUGUGCGUUGAGUGAAUGCACCGUUAAGAACUUGUGUGUGUGCUUUGCUGUUAUUUGCUGUGGGAUAAGAGUCCGUUCUAAAUUUCUAAAUAUGUUUGCGCUGGUAACAACGCAAACAGGGGGGAGUGUCUAUAGGGAUAUUUUGCUUGAAUAAAAUUCCAAAAGAAUACAAUGAAGGAAAGGCCAGGAACUAAGGAAAAAUGUAUACAAAUUAGGACAUCGCGGAUCUAUGAUAAGCCCUCCGACGAGGCGAUCAUUAGGAUGGGCCGAAAAUCCUAAAAGUGCAUUAGGUGGGUUUAGGUCAGUCCCGGGGACUGGAGGUUGUGGUAUAUACAUUCUAUUGCAAGUUACCGCUCAACUUAUAGUUGACUAAGUAUAUGUUUGAUGUAACCGCUCAUUGAAUAUCUGCGAACUAGAGGUAGCAAAAAUUUAGGAACAAAGGAAAAAAUGGCGCGAUGGUAGUAGCAUGCUUAGAAGUCCGUAGGAACGGAAAUAAGCCUCUUAAACUGUAUGUGUGUGUGUGCGGAAGAGAGUAGGAUUUGUGUUCUAUGUUUGUGAGUUCUGUUAAGUGUCACUGUCUGUAUGGGGGGAGAAUAACAUAUUAGAGAUUGGAGCCGGUUACUCUCCAGAUGUCGGCAGAUAUCUGUAAAUUGACGCUGGAAUCCUUUGAUGUAAUAAACCUUUAUAAUCAAAGUACAGUGUCAGCGGAUUUCCUUGUUCUCACAGCAUAAUUAGCAUCGUUUUCUCGACACUACAGCCCCUUACUUGCUUUUUUUCAAUCUUUACUAACAACAUGCCACUGGCUUUGAGUAAAGCCAGUGUGUCUAUGUAUGCGGAUGACUCAACACUAUACACGUCAGCUACUACAGUGACUGAAAUGACUGCAACACUUAACAAAGAGCUGCAGUUAGUUUCAGAGUGGUGGCAAGGAAGAAGUUAGUCCUAAAUAUUUAUAAAACUAAAAGCAUUUUAUUUGGGACAAAUCAUUCACUAAACCCUAAACCUCAACUAAAUCUUGUAAUAAAUAAUGUGGAAAUUGAGCAAGUUGAGGUGACUAAAAUGCUUGGAGUAACCCUGGAUUGUAAACUGUCAUGGUCAAAACAUAUUGAUACAAUAGCAGCUAAGAUGGGGAAAAGUCUGUCCAUAAUAAAGCGUCAUUCUACCUUCUUAACAGCACUAUCAACAAGGCUGGUCCUACAGGCCCUAGUUUUGUCGCACCUGGACUACUGUUCAGUCGUGUGGUCAGGUGGCACAAAAAGGGACUUAGGAAAUUUGCAAUUGGCUCAGAACAGGACAGCAUGGCUGGCCCUUGGAUGUACACAGAGAGCUAACAUUAAUAAUAUGCAUGUCAAUCUCUCCUGGCUCAAAGUGGAGGAGAGAUUGACUUCAUCACUACUUGUAUUUAUGUUGAAUGCACUGAGCUGUCUGUUUGAACUACUGGCGGAAAGCUCGGACACCCAUGCAUACCCCACAAGACAUGCCACAAGAGGUCUCUUCAUAGUCCCCAAGUCCAGAACAGAUUAUGGGAGGCGCACAGUACUACAUAGAGCCAUGACUACAUGGAACUCUAUUCCACAUCAAGUAACUGAUUCAAGCAGUAAAAUUGGAUUUAAAAAACAGAUAAAAAUACACCUUAUGGAACAGCAGGGACUAAGAAGCAACACAAACAUAGGCACAGACACAUGCUUACACACACACGAUAACAUACGCACUAUACACACACUUACAGAGGGAUGGACCCCAGGAAGAGCAGCUGCUGCCUUGGCAGCAGCUAAUGGGGAUCCAUAAUAAAUACAAAUACAAAUACAAAUAUAGUGGUCACGUCAUGCAGACCAGAAAGUCACACAAUUAAAGAUGCUUUUGGCCUAAUCCUGUGGGGCAAGCGUAUCUAGUUUAAUUCUAAAUGAGGAAAUUACAUCAUUCAGUUGACUACACCCAGCACACAUUGUCUCUAUAGAAAACGGGUAUUUAGGUCCAUACCACAAAUAUACAAGGUAGAGAGAGUUACCUAAUGUUUCAACAAAACGUUAUCACCAUGAUCAUGUUCAUCUUUAUCCUGUGUGAGUAUAUUUCAAAUAAUUAACCUAUUUGAUCAUAUUUUUGUAACAAAUGUAACUUUCAAUUUGUUUCACGUUUUGCAAUUUAUUUUCUCAUCAAAGGUUCCUUGUCAAAAGAGGCCAUAGCCCAAACAAAAGGUAUGUCAACGUUUUUUCAUUAACACCAUUAACAAAAUAAGUUACAGUAUGUUUUAGAGAUUUCUGAAGAUUGAAUUCUAAUUUAAAUGUGCUACACAUAGGAUUUUUUGUUGUUUCAGUUUUUGUUGUUGAACACUAUCAUUCCACUAUUAGCGCCAGAUAUAUUAUGGACAUUUUCUGAAAUUACAAUGCAAAAAUUAAACAAUAAAAAAAAACUAUGUGUAGCACCUUUAAAUAAGUAAUAGGAAUGAUAUUUUCAAUAUAAUAGGGUACACAAAAAUACUACACAUGCAUAACAGAUGCCUUUUCUUUUUUGUAAUAGUAGUUAAGGACAUUUUUCCAGCAAAGAUCUAUGGGACAGAAACAAGUAUAAUAGAGGACAGUGACCUAGUAGUAAAAUGUAGUACAUUUGGGCGUAAGGAUGAAACGGAAGGGGUACAUGUGUACUUGUGUUUGGAUGGGGUUGCAGUGUAUGUGGACAUAUGUGAAACAUAUGAUAUCCUUUUCACCAUGAAAAGUGUAACUAGCCAACAGAGUGGCAAUUACAGCUGUGUGUUCUCCGAAACCCAGUAUCUACUAUCUGAAGUGCAAGGAAAGGGAGAUAAUUCACUUUCCAUCCAGGUGAUAGGUAAGGAUCUUUUUACUGUCUGGAUAGGUCAUUGUUGUUAGACAUAUUGAACAUAUGGAUACAACAUAUUUCAAUGUGACUGCAAACACACCUUCAUAUUCCUCUCUUUUCCACCUCCUGCAGACCGGAUUCUCCUUGCAGACAUAUCACUUUCAGGCUCAAGCACUGUAAGAGAGGGAGAGGAUGUGGAGUUCCAAUGUACUAUUAUUAGAGCCCCCCAGAAAAUAGAAAUGACCAGUCACUCUUACCUCUGCAAGAAUGGCACUGCUGUUCAGAUGCAGGUGUUUGAUGUUAACCGGAUGGAGGCAACUUUUACGAUUAAAAGUGUUAUUAAGAAUGACACAGGCAACUACAGCUGUGUGCUUGACCUGCAAUCAAAACCCCUUGAAAAUACAGAUAGGAAAUUAUAUGGAAAUAAUUCAGCCUUUCUUCAGGUUAAUGGUGAGAAUUUAUAGCUUAAAACUUAUGAAAGCACUUUUUAUUCAUAGUUACUAUAUGAAAGGAAGAGGUCAAGAGACCUUUAAUUUUUCAAAAAAUUUGAAUUAUUCCAACUACUCUGUUUUUCAGAUGCUGGACAUGAUGUGAUACUGGUCAAUGUAAUCCGACGGAUAAGUUCAGCUGUUGUGGUCAUACGUCUUCUGACAGUAGUGGCUGUUAGUUCCUGCUGUUCAAACGUGGUGAGUUCAAUGCCUUGAAAUAUGGGACACAGGGAACUUUGGUAUAGUUAGGGGAUUUUCAUUAAAGUCAGGUAGUAAGUCUUAAGUUUCUCUUUUGGGGGUGUUAUUUCUGAUCAUAAGAGGCGUAAGAGGCAGUUUGUAUAGAAAACUACACCUGUCCAGAUGUAGACCUAUUCAGUCACAUUCUUAUUUUUAGCCAUGUGUCUCACAGUAUUUCACAGGCAAUGCUGUUUACAGCAAAGCACUGAGGUAUAGUGGAGGUAUAAUGGUAUAAUGAUGAACAUAGAAAUAUAAAUAAGACCUGGGGUCUCUCCACACAUAGCUUCCAUCUACAUGUAAAGUCACAAUAAAGGAUAUGGGCCUGACGUUUUCUGUGCUUUCUGUUCUCAGAUGCAGCAACUGAAGGGCCUAAAGCAGAAGCCGUGUACCAGACCACACACAUAGACAGGAUGUUGUCAGUACAUUUAAUAAUUGCAAGCUGCAAUCUAUUUUCAAGCCAUACAUGUGGACUGUUGUUCUUGCAUUGUGUAAGCAUACAAUAUCUCUCUUGUCUACUCACUCCUUGCAUGCUGUAGUUUAAUGUAGUAAAUAUUACUGUUAUUCAAGUCCACAUUUUAAUUAUGUUGAUGACUGAUACACUCUAUAUUCCAUUUCAUGUUUUACUCAUGCACUAGUUGAGCUACUGAUCAAGUGAACAACAAUGUAUGGAUUCCAGCAAUGCUUUCAGUAAAGUUCAAAUGAUACCAGACGCCCCGACCUCCAUCCUUCUAAUCAUGAGUUAACACAUAAAGAGAGAUGUUACACAUGCUCUCUAGCAAACUCAAGCCUAUUUUUGUGGACUUCAUUUUGUGAAGUAGUGUAACUUGAAUGAGAGUAUUGAAAGGGAAGACACACUUUCUAGAGUACUACAUACUACAGUAUCAUUGUUGGAUACCGUUGUUGGAAACGUUUCUACUCAUUAUAAAUGUGUUGGUUUUAGUUUUUUAUAAGCUCAGUAUCAUAGGCCUGGGAAAUGUAGAACCCCACAUUUGAAAGUUAAUAGGAAGACUGUGUUACACAUUGCAAAAAUAUCUAAUGUAACAUUGUCACUCCUCAUAGCAUACAAAGCCCUAGCUAAAACAGACUCAAAGAUAAAUGUUGCUUAAAACAAAUGUCCACUUGAGAAACCCAACCUACACCAUUAGUCACUACAUAUGAAUCCCACAGCCUCUACUCUCUAACUUUAGUGAUACAGUUAUCAAGGUGGCAGUGUACUAGAAAGUCAAAGAAGAUGAUAAAGUAGUAAUCCAUAGUAAUUGAUUGAACAAAUACAUGUUUGGGUUGUAUUGUAAUCAGACCAUCGUAUCAUAGAAAUUGUCCAGUUUCAAUAAAGUCACUGCUUCCUAAAAGCUGCUGCAUUAGUGAACAUUUACCAUGGAUAUAUGAACAUUUACCACAAUAUAUGAAUACGCACAGGUUCUCUCUUUAAAGAUGAAUAGUCAUUGUAAUAACCUAUAAUAUAUAUUUUCUACUGCUAUGUGUGUGAUAUCUGAUACAGUAUGUGUGUGUAAACAAUCAAAUAGGUUAUAAAAAGCAGUUGUGCUGCGUCCAGCCGUCUCAUUCAAUGUAUUACCUGGUACUCACCAGAAAGGUGUGUGGUAGUUAUGGGAGAGAACUCAAAGUUAGUACCUAAGUACCGGUGCUUGUUAUGGUGAAUCACACAUGAGUAACAACUAGUUAAUUAUUAUGUAACUACUAGAUAAAAUGACCUAAGACAUUUGACUGUGUCCUUUAAUAUAAGCAGGGUGAAGUGGGUAAUUGAAAGCUCUGUGAUGCAACCUCUCAUCAUGGUCAAAGACGCUUCAAAUAGAACCCUAUUGUUUUCCGGAUAUUCACACUUAAAAACGUUACAUGCUGAGACCUACCUCCUCCUCAGUCUUUUAUAGUGUCAGAUAGGCCUAGAAGAUCACAAAAGGCUGCAAGUCACAUCAUGGGUUCCAUCUUUCUUAUGAUAUGUGAGUAUCUUUACAAAUACAGAUUAGAGUAAGCAUAUGGUCUCAAAAUGAUCCAUACGUACAGUACGUACUCAGUAUGCAGUCAAUCUACUUCUAAUAGUUGUAUGUUUUAUGUAUUUUUUGUCAAACUGCCUGUUGUGUAAAUCUCCCAUUAUUUCUACACAGUCACAGUAACAGCAGGUAUACUGGCUAUCUCUGAUGAAAUAGGUAAGAAGACAUCUUUUGAAUCCUAAAAUGCAGAGUUAAAUUCAUUUGAGUUCAUCUACAGUUUAAGCCGAUUUAUUCCAAACAUGUUUAUUACAAAGACAUUCAAUUAUCCUUAAUGCUCUUUUUCACUUUCAAAUGAUGUAGCUGUCUACCCCGCCAUGCUUUUUGGAUCAAAGUCUCACGUUAGAAAGGGAGAUACUAUAGAUUUGAAGUGUAAUAUCUCUGGCAUCAAAAGGUCCUGGGACAAGGUUAAUGUGUACAUUUACAAGAAUGGAGUUGAGAUGAGAAUGAAGGUUCUGGAGAAAGGUGAAGAUGACACCAUUUUCACCAUGAAGGAUGUUACAAAGGAAGACUCAGGCAACUACAGCUGUGUCUACACCAGAGAUAAACUUCUACCGGAUCAAGUGAAGUCAACAGGCAAAAAUUUAGUAGCCAUCUAUGUCUAUGAAGGUAGGAAUUAUUUGUGA